AUGGUCGUGCCGACAGAGAAGGUGGUUGGAAAUUGGUUUGAGGCCGCCAGAAUAUCAACAGUCGCUUAUAAGGUUUAUGCGGCAAGACCAAGCAAUGAGGAUACGAUUAUGGCUCAAAUGGUCGAGGCUGCUAUGCGCUACGAUGACCCCAGCUGUUUGGUCUCGACAUCUGGUCGAGAGCUGUGGGUAUUCUCUCUAGAAAACGAACUGCCCGUCCCACCUAGUCAGUUCAAAAUGACAGUUGUAUCAAGCGGUACACUUAAACCGGAAUACCUCGCCUCAGAAGAACACAUCCCCCGGCCUUGGCCGUUCCUCACUGCCAUCGAGGGCCGCUGUAUCGCGUAUUUGUCUCAAGUAUCUCCGCCACUGCAGCCGUUUGGCAAAACAAGCCUCAUAUCUACAGACGAUGGAUCAUUAUUGCAUAUAAAGGCUGCAGUCACUAGCACUGGUGAGCUCAACCUACGACUAACCGCUGAGAGGGCCAACCUCAUCCCCGCUCAAGGAAAAGAGUCCAAAACAGUGUGGCUGAUCCCUUCUGGCCGUCAAGCCCUUUUGGUCGAGGCAUCCUCUGUCCCCUCUCCAAUGAUGAGCCGUCGUUUCCUGUCAGUAGUGCAAAGGGUUGUACACUUUACCAUCGAUGCCUCUGCCCUCGAUGAGUCUCCUUGGGUCCGAGUUGCUCUGGAUGGUAAGGAUUUUCUGUGGCCCGCAGCCCUUGUAAUGACAAUUGCCGGUGGAAACUAUCAGGCAGGCCUAAGCUGGCUAAACGAACCUGACGAAUUCACUGCACUGGGUGACAACAUGCUUUGCAUGCAGGAAGCUUUGGCAAAUGCCAAAAACAAUGCACCCAAUACCGCGCAAUCCAGUGUUGAACCAGCUGCAGAGGCGUUUCCUCUAGCUACUAGGGGCUUUUUGCAACAAAGUACAUUCAGAUCAAGGCGGCCGGUUCUGGCAACUGCAUCUGUACCCCCUCCUCCUCCAACGCCGUCCGCGGUCAACCAUGAAAGCCCUGCUGCUCCUAUAUCAAUUGCGGCUGCAGCUGCGAGAGCAGCAGCAGCGUCGGUUCCUCCAGAUUCAGUUGUACCAGCAAAUGAACACCCUGUAUAUCCCACACCAGGCGAUCCGUCCCCGGUGCGUGACUGGAGCCCUACAUCGGACGGGUGGGACGAGGAAGAUAUUACAGUUGCCGAUUUCAACUUUUACGAUGCUCCACUUGAAAAUGAAGAAAAUCUAAAAGAAGAGCCUGAACAAUUACCCGAGGCAAUCACUGACGAGCCACAGAUCGAAGCUAAUGUUGUCGAAGAGGUGCAGAUCGAGGAUGAGGGCAAAAGCUCCUUUUCAGCGCUGCGAUUUCCUCAAGAUUCGCUGGAUGCUAAAUACACACAAGGUGGCCGGUACUUUACUUUUGUUAAAGAAGAAGAGGACGAAAAACUUCGAGAUUCGCCAAGUACGUCGAACGAAGAACCCCAAAAGCGAGAGCUUCUUGAGGAUACAGAAAUGAUGGAUGAAAAUUACGACCCCGAUAAUGAUAAUGAUGUCGAUGAAGCUGACGAUGAAGAAUUGGAGGAAGACGAAGAGGAUGAAGAGGAUGAGGAAAACGAACAAGAAGACAGCACCGGAGAUGCCGAAAUGUACGAUAUCCAAGAUGAAAAUUUCGAUAUUGAACACGGAUACUAUAAAUCCGCUGGCCGUAAAGGAUACGCGGAAAUCUCGAAUUCCGUAUCCGACGCAUGGAUCAGCGCCCUGACCAACCAGUCGGGCCUUGUUUCAGCCGAUAACAUCUCCAUCGACGAUCUUCAAUAUCUUAUGGCCCAAGUUGUCUUUGAUGGUAGUGGACUUGAAUCAAUGCUCAAGCUUGCGCCAAAUAUGGGAGAGCUUGAGCCAAUUUCCGAAGCAGAUCGUAUUCGUCUUCGAGGAAUAUAUCCUGACCUUCGAAGUGUGACGAUUGCCGAGGCGUCUGGCAGUGUUCCGGCUAUGAUUGAUAAUGAUGCUGCGCCCAGUACUCGAGGCUCGGUGACGUCGAUCGAUGCAGAAACGCAGCCAGCGGCCUCUGCCACCCCUGGUUCGUGGACCAAUGCUACACGAAUCGGUAGAGUUCCUAGCCGACCGUCGAGCCGAGUUGGAUCACGGGUGCAUAGUCCAGAAGGCAGCAAAACAUCUUCUCCUAGCGUGGCCCCAGUUACAUCAGUUGUGCCAUUACCUUCUAGUCCAAAGACAAAGACCGAGAGCUUCACUCUUCUCUCGCCUCCUUUGUAUUCAGUAACGCGAGGUGAUCAGCCCCAUAAAGCCCGCGCAUCAAUUUUGAGAUUUUGGAGGGCAUUCGGAUUGCAACCCAACAAUGAGCAGAGGGAUAUUUCACUUAUUGUUUUGACUCUUGCCUCGCCCAGGGUUGUUAAUCAUGCAAGGAUAGGUAUGCGAGCACUGAAGGAGAUGUACGAGAGCUGCCAUCUAGGUAAAAUGGAGUUGCCUACAUUUGCUUCGGUAGUGAAUGGAAUUUUGAAUAUCUCAACCGACCUAGACUAUACUAGUCCGGAUACUGUUGGGGACCUAUUCGAAACAUCGUGCUCCUAUUUAAAACGCCAAUUACAAGAGCUAGACUCUGACACCAAGGUAGUCAUCGUGAUGGCAUUUCCACCGAGCCCUCGAACAUCACUGCUACCACUGGCACGGGGCUUUAGAGCUAUAAGGGCUACUUUUCCUCAAGUGAGAUGGGUUUUGUGCUCAAUCGACUCAUUUGUGUCAAAAGAGGGAGCUGAGGCGCCAACAUCUCAGUACCGACUUAUGAAGUACGCUUUACUUUUGUACGACAGGUGGGUACCUCAUACCACCAUAAACUAUGGCGGACCUUUCUAUUUGCCAGCGUUUUCACUUGCACGGCUUGCACCGCACUCUAUUUCGAUCAAAUUCCAGCCUCGACCCCCGUCGCAAAUUUUAGACGAUGAUCCAAUGAUGCAUGUGUGCUACGCCAUUACACCCGACAGACGAUGGGUUACGGUAGCCUGGACGGAUCAGUGGGCAAAUGUGACCAAGGUGGAAGUUCUGCGUCUGGCGGGCCUCUUACGAACCCGAGCCAGCUCACCUGUACUCGGCUUGUCGAACAGUGAUCCAGGAAAUCCCGUGGCUGGACCCACAGGAGAACCACAUGUUGACCGUACGCUGCGGAACUUGGACUCUGUUUUGUCGGACAUUUGGCGACGCACGGGCCAACUGUGCGCCUCAAUUGGAGACUCGCCCCGGAAUGCCCGUUGGACUGUGUCCAUCAUCAAAUGUGGAUACAUGGAUGCAGCCGAGGUUGGGAUCUGGCGCCGAGUUGCAGAUGUACGAUGGGAACAGCAAACACAAUUGGCCUUCCCUUAUCUUUUGCAUUUACCCCAAACGCGGCCUUUGAAUGUCCACGAGGGAGAAGUGCUCUUCCCGCAUGUCAGCAUGACCGAGUUCAAGUCGUCUGGACGCCCAGCAUCGCCCGCUGCACCAGCCACUCCAACCACACCAACGAGUGCAAGUGCAGCAGAGGGCCGCAACGACAAUGUAAUUGUUGCCGCGCUCGACGAGACACAUGGCAUUGUGUUCAAAAACCAGAGUCAAACCUGGGGCAUAAGUGCACCGCCGCUGGUGACGGGAGUUCUGAUCAAACCGCUUGUUCCCGCCGCUCUCAAGGGGUACCAGCUGCUCGAGGUUGUGCUCGUUUACGCUCAGGCCCAGCAGCCAACUAGCAUCAUGAAACAGGUUCUGGGACAGUACAGACGCCUUGCCAGCUUGGCUGAGUAUAACGGCGUGUGCACAAGCCUAACAAUCAUGCCAUGGCAUGUGCACGCGGCAAAUAAAAUGGUAGCUGCUCUAAGUACGUUGUAG